GAGAAGCCACUUAGCUGCAGACGUCCGGCAGCCACUCACCCUGCGCCCAGGUCUCCUGGCUCUGGAAACAGCUCCGGCUCGGCCUCCACCAUGGGCCUCCGCCCCAGCGCCCGCGCCUCCUGUGCCAGGGCCAGGCCCGCGCGCGUCCUGCAGCUGCUGCUGCUGCUGUCACUGCUCCUGACCACCGUGGUUCCCACCUACGUCAGAGAAGACGUUCAGCUGUACCUUGAACUGCGCUGCACGUGUGUGAAGACGAUCUCUGAAAUUCAUCCCAAGAACAUCCAGAAUUUGGAGAUUAUCAAGCCAGGCGCCCACUGCAACAAAGUGGAAGUGAUAGCCACGCUGAAGGGUGGAAGGAAAGUCUGCCUGAACCCGGAAGCCCCAAUGGUCAAGAAAAUAGUCCAGAAAAUGUUGAAAGAUGAUGGAUCAGCUGCUUGACCUGUUCGCUGUCUGUGAAAUCUUUUCACCUUCCAGGAGGUGCAGGAAUUUGAAGCUUUGACUUUCUGGACUUCUUAAUUUAUCCAGGAUACCUAUUCUCACCAUAUUAAAGUUUGGGUGUGUUUUCCAUUCUGUGUUAAAAAUCACAUUUUAUUCUGAGAAGGCUGAGUGAAAGAUGACAGAAAGAAGGUGAAAAUAAGCAAACCUAGUUUCAACAGCUAAUAUAUGGGUUACUGCCUAAUUCUUGGAUAAAGCUUGUACAGUGCUUUGCAAUUUCUUUAUCUGAAAAUUCCUUUCCAAAUAUAUUGAUGUUAAAUUUCUUGCUCUACUUUGCUGUUAGGCUAGACAUGCCCAUGAUGAUUAGUAGAUUUUAUAAUGGUCAGUGACACUAGGAAUCACACAGAUCCCAGAAUAGAAUAAUUGCUUAAUAGAUGUUUGUUGUCGUAUUUAGGGACUUCAUAGAGUUCUUCAAGGUCUUUGUCCUUGUAUGUCUUGCUUCAAAGCAUUCUCUGAAAGGUUUUUCUAAUGUUAAUUUUAGCCUUCAAACUCUAAAAAUAAUAAAGUUGUAGAAUGUGA